UGGCCUGUCGGAAUACGGGUGGGGAAGAGUUAGCGUUGCGCUGCACGCGCGUGUUCAAUGUGACAUUACCGUGUUUGUGGAUGUGCGGAGAUGCGGUGCGGCUGCGCUCCUCUGCCAGCUGCGUGACCUCACACUCCUGCUCAGCAGUGAGAGGUCCAUCAUGUCGGUGUGUGGUAGGAGCAGGGUUCUGGUGCUGUCUGCGCGGGUUCUGUUAGGCCCGUCCCUGGUGUCAGGUCGGUGUGUGUGGCGCGCUCUGUCCUCGUCAGCGAGUGUGCUGUCGGUCGGGGAGUGGAGGAGAACCUCGGCGGACGGAUGCAGGGUGGAGCAGACGUCUCGGUCCUCGGGGAGAACGUGCAGGAACCUCUCCGCCGCCGCCGCCAACUUCCUGAAUCAGCUCCGCCCCCUGAGCCGCUACGACCCGCUGGACCUGGGAGAGGUGGAGGAGAACACGCGCAAGGCCCUCACCUGCAAACACCUGAGACGCUUCAUCAUCGACCCCGAGCUCGCACACGUCGUCACCGAGCACCUCACACCCGACAUCGAAGAGGGCAAGGCCGUCAUAUUCGAGUGCAACCCAGGACCGGGUGUGUUAACCCGCACACUGCUGAACUGUGGAGCUCACAGAGUGGUGGCGCUGGAGAGUGAUAAAUCCUUCCUCCCUGAGCUGCAGGAGUUGGAGGGUAAGCUGGAGGGACAGUUGCAGGUGAUCCACUGUGAUUUCUUUAAGCUGGAUCCGAUUGGUCAGGGCAGCAUGAAGCCUCCUGCCAUGUUCUCUGAGAAACUCUUCAGCGAUCUCGGGAUCUGUGAGGUGCCGUGGACAGCAGACGUGCCGGUGAAGGUGGUGGGGAUUUUCUCUCAGAGGAACGAGAGGAACAUGUUGUGGAAACUCGUCUAUGCUCUGUACGAGCGCCUGUCUGUGUUCCGCUACGGCCGAGUGGAGCUCAUCAUGUUCAUCAGUGAGAGAGAGUACACCAAGCUGGCAGCGAGACCUGGAGAUUACAGGAACUAUCAGGCUCUGAGCGCUCUGUGGCAGAUGGCGUGUGAUAUCGAGCUGCUGCACCGGGAGCCAUGGUCGUCUUUUGUUACAGCGUCGAAGCACGGAGGUCCUGCGAUCCCCAAGAGCACUCAUGUUCCUAAUGAUCACCUGUGCUUGGUGAGGAUCACUCCUCGUGAAGAUUUCUUCUCCUCCACCGUCACUCCCUUUAACAGCAGCACGCUGGUGAUGAUGGUCAAACAGUGUCUCACUAAACGCCGCUGCAGACUCAUCGACAAGCUCGAUUCGUGGAGCGCGGGCAGCGGCACAGACGUCCUGCUGCAGAUGGGACUGUUUGAGGACGUGAUGACGGGACAGAUUUCCCCGAGCGAGUACAAACGCCUGUUCGAGCUGAUGGAGAAAUCAGAGGAGUUCACACAGAGCUGGCUUUACGACGAGAUCCUGGAGAACACCAAAAACACGGGCUGCGGAUAAAAACUACACACACACACACACACACAUGCACACACACGUUCACACACACGCACACACACACACACACACAUGCACACACACGUUCACACACACGCACACACACUCACACACAUAUACACACAUGCACACACACGUUCACACACGCACACACAUGUUCACACACACACUCACAUAUACACACAUACACACACACACACACACAGCUUGCUUUACGACGAGACACAUGCACAGACAGUUGGAACAAUAUGAUGACUUUAUAGUAUGAUGUUGUUUCAUCAUCAGCAUAGUUAUUUAUCAACACUUAUAAUCGUGGAAUAAUAAUAAUAAUAAUAAUAAUAAUAAUAAUAAUAAUCCAAGAUCAAAGUGAAUGUUAUAAUUCUGGUUAAUUUCAUAUUUUUUAAACAGUAAAGCAGCACUGGACUUUUGUAGGUGUAAAAUAAUGUUACUGUGAAAGCCUUCAAUAAACAACAAUAUAUUUAUAAUAAACAACAAAUUACCUUUCAAAAGCCAACAUCCACAUCAGAACGUUACACACGAGCUUAUACUUCAUAAUUUAUCAUCUUAUAACAUUAACAAUAAAAAUAAUCCCGAUUUAUGGAGGUGUAACAGCUAAUGGAGGUGUGAGGCAGCAGUUCAGCUCCACGCUGUCGGACGGCGUGUCUGAGUCCCGCCAGGUUUCUCCUGAACACGGCGGAGUGAUGAUAUUUUAUAGAAAUCAUUUUUGUGCAACUCGUCCUAUAAAGUGUUUUUGUAUAAAGUAACUAUAACGUGGUGUUUCUGGUGCUGGUGUUUUGCGAGACAGCACAGUUUGUUUUUUAAGAAAAGAUUUUUUUUUUCCUUCAUUAAUGUAUAUAUGAAUUAUGUGAAUAUGAACUUCUAAUAAAAGGAGAAUAAAGA